AUGGCGCCACCAAACCAGCUAGGCAAGCGCGUCAAGCUGACGCAGGUGCGCCGGCCCUUUAUAGUGGGCAGCACGGCGGUGCCCUUCUCCGAGGCCAACCCGAAGCCUGUGGGUGUGCCGGAGGGCCACACGCACUCCUGGACCGUGUUUGUCAAGGGGCUGGAGGAUACGGACAUAACGUACUGGCUGAGGAGGGUACAGUUCAAGCUGCAUGACUCCAUCCCAAACCAUGUCAGGAUGAUCGAAGCAGAGCAGGGCAGGCCCUUCGCCGUCAGCGACACGGGAUGGGGCGAGUUCGACGUGGCCAUAAAGCUAUACUACGUCAACGAAUCCGGCGAGAAGCCCCAGACGCUCUACCACUACCUACGACUGCACCCCUUCGGCCGCACGGAGGAGGAGAAGGCCUCGAUGGUCAUGGAGAACGGCGAGGUGCGCUCCUGGAGCUACGAGGAGCAGCUCUUCAACGAGCCCUACACGGCCUUUUACCGGGUCCUCACGUCCGGCGCCGUCCCCAGGGGCUCCCUCCCCACCUCCUCCUCCUCGACGUCCACCCCCAUCGGCGGCAAGGGCAAGUCGACGGCGGCGGCGACGGCGGCGACGACAAAGGGUGCCGGGCCCCGCGUCCCUCCCCUCCCCUCCCCGGACUCGGGAGACGUGUGGGAGCGCACCGCCAUGAUUCCGAAUACCAACCGACCCGGUCAGCCGUUCAGCCGGGAGACGGAGGCCGCAGAGGUCAGGAAGCUCAAGGAUGCCACCGUCGCCACCGAGGAGUGGACCCGGAAGGUCCUCGAGGAGCUCAAGCGGAAGGAGGAGCUGCUCGCCAAGCUCAAGGCCGAGAACGCCGCUGCUGCUUCAGCCGCCGCCGCCGCGUCUCAGUCUUAG